GAUCGCUACCAUGCCCUGCUAACAUCCCAUCACCUCAUCUCGCCCACGAAGCGUCGGAACAUGCAACAGUGGUCCGCCCAGCUGCACGUCAGUGGCUUCGCCAAGGUUGGCUAUCCGAGCGUAAUCUACUGCGAAGGCUCUCAGGACCAAAUUGAGCAAUUUAUCGCGAACAUCAAAGCGAUGCAGUGGCUC